UUUGGUUUUCCCUGGCACGUCAAGAACUCCAAGACUAUAUGCUUCAAAGCUUGGUUAAUUCCGAUUAGAAAUGCAAGUCUAAUUACAAUGAAUACAGGCGGAGAUCUCCGUGUCUAGAGUUGAGCAAGCGAAGAAGUAAAAAACGUGAAAGUGAAUAUAUUUCCUCAUGACAGAAGGACGAGAGAUGCGGUCGUCGCUCAUGUGGGCUCUGUCUUCAGAGCGAGAUAGCUAGUCUUUCCUAAUCUUAUCUGUAAGCCGUUUGUUAUUCUAGCUCUAAAGAGCUACGAGUGGGAUUCCCUACAUCAGAUUAGACUUUUCUACAACUUGUUCUUAUCAUGGAGAUGUACACGGACAUCUUGCUGGUCACUGCAAACGUGGGAUCACUGUUUGACAAUGUGGGCGAGAUUGAAGGAGACUGGCUGCGAGAGUUCUUCACUACGGUCCACAUGUACAAGCCACGCUUCGUCGCCCUGCACUUUCAGGAAGUUGGUGGAAAGGACUAUAUGGUGAACAUGGGCCAUGCAGAGAACUUUUUCUGGACCAUUGAGUCUAGCUCUGAGAUGGCAGACUUCGAUAGAGUAUGUGUCUAUGUGGACAGUCAUUUCAAGGCUGUGGACAAUUUCACGGCUCUGGGAAGCAUGUAUUUCAUCCAUAAAUCACUGAAGAAUAUCCAGCAAUAUGAUUUCAAUGUGAAAGAUUUUAAAGUUGUGUCUGGCCAUAACAAGUAUGUGGGCUCGCUGGAUGGAGUGACAACCAUGGAAAAAGAGAAAUUUCCCAAGAACUUUUGGCCUGAUUUCAAGUGGUCCAGAAAGGGCUACAUGAGGACACGAUGGAUCAUUCACAACCAGGGCUUAGACCUGGUGAAUGUUCAUCUGUUUCAUGAUGCCUCCAACCUCAUAGCUUGCAACUCUAGUCCAUCGGUGUAUUCUGCAAACCGCAAGAAAGCACUCAGAUAUGUCAUCAACAGGAUAACAGAUAACACCUACAGCCCUCUCCCCUUCUUCCUGUUUGGAGAUUUCAAUUUUCGUCUUGACACACUCAGUCUAGUGCAGAACCUCUCCCUGUCGGCCGAGAUCCAGACGGUUAAAAAAGGCAGUAGCAAUGAGGUUGAAAAAAUCAUUUGUGAAGAGAAAGACAAUGACCACAAGGUCCUCCUUCAUAUAGAGACAAAGUUAUUUGCUUACUUGCACCAGGCUGUGUUCAGAGAAAACAACGGAAAAGAGCUGCUGAAGUACGAUAAGGAGAUCUCUGCAUUCCAUGACGUCAUCACAGAGGAAGAUAUCCCAUUUCCUCCGAGUUACCCAUACAGUGAAGAUUACACUAAACCUACACAGUACAUGAACACACGAUGUCCCGCAUGGUGUGACCGCAUCCUAAUGUCUCACAGUGCAAGAGACAUCAUCCAUCGGAGGGAGGAGGGAGAAGGUGAGAGUAGUGUAGUUUAUGACACACUGGGUUCCAACAUCUGCAUGGGAGACCACAAGCCUGUUUUCCUGUUUUUUCCACUAAAGACAUAUGCACAUUGACACAAUGUUGGGAAAGUCAAAGGGUUUCUUGUGUUGUUCAUUGUCUACCCAAGGGUUAUUCUUUGGACGUCUCUACUUACCAUGCAAGAACUGUACAGCAAGAAUAUACUCACUUUUAAACAUGGAGACAAUGAACAGUCGCCUACCCAACCCAGCACACAUGACCUUUGAAAUCUCCUGGCAAGCUUAAGUGGAAAUGCAACUUUUUGUCUUUUUUGCUGUCUGGUUUUCUCAUCAGAAUUUUUACCAACAACUUCAAGCAUGAUCAGCAUGACUUAAGAAAUGUCUAAAAAAUAUAAAAAUAAACAUGGAAUAAAACAAA